CGCCAAAGGUAGCCAAUUGGCUAUAUAAUGUGAUACAACCACAGUACUUACAUAAACAAAUGGUAUACACCCACAUAUACCAGUUUCUUCAAGUUUUUUUAAACCAUAAAUCCAAGUCUUCCAGAUUCAAAAUCAGAACUAAUGUAUUUACAUCCGGUAACACUGGACACAGUGAAUUGUUGAUUGAAUUAUUUGGAUCGGUGAAAUUGAACGAUCUUGCGGUACCGAUAAAUAUUUGGGUUCCGUUAAAUUAUCCGUUUGCUGACGCUGAUAAUAGGGUUAAUGAAGUUAACGGAGUUCCAAUUGUAUUUAUAACUCCCAAUAAGGAUAAAAAUCAUGUUUUAAUACCCGGGAACUAUGUAGAUAGCCAGGGAAGAUUCUACCAUCCAUAUUUGUCGUCUUGGUUUUCCGAGUUUAAUGAUAUAGCCAAAUAUAAUCUAAUUGAGUUGAUUAAUGUUUUAAAACAGACUUUUUCAUUAGAACCUCCAAUAUCUAUAGGCCAAGUUCCAGUGAAGCCAGCCAAGAUCCCUUUAACCCAGGCUGCCACCGGUUCCUUACGUCGGGACACAACUGGUCCUCCGGUACCAAGUAAGCCAGAGCCAAAAGAAACGAUACCUGAAAAAUAUCAAAAUCCUUUGCCUUUACCUCCAACCGAAUACUCGACCCCAAUCCAAUCUCCACCACAAUCGCAGCCAGUACAACAAGCACAACAAGCACAACAAGCACAACAAGCACAACAAGCACAACAAGCACAACAAACACAACAAGCACAAUCAGUACAAGACUUGAUGGAUCAAAACGAAGACCUCAAGAGCCAAAGCAUUCCUCGGGAAACCCUCAAACACCUUUCAGACCAGCUAAACCAACUCUUGGAUCCCCAGAACCCUAGUGGAGUAAACAACCACCUUGCGUCAAUCAAUGAAAAUUCAAUCAAAAUCGAUACAUUGUACGACCAACUAUCCCACCACAAUACCCAAGCAAAAGCAAAUAGCGAGAUCUUGAACAAUCACUUGACCCAUUUGAACGACCAAGUGACAAACUUGACCAACCUUAACCAACAGCUCUUAACCCUUGACAAUAUCAAUGCCAACACUCCUGAUAAAAUUGCAACCUCAAUAGACAGCUCAAUCGACCUAGACAACCUUAUCACCGCCGACCUGGCUUUGGUCCACCAACUCUACGAUACUGUGAGUGAAAUAAAGGCAAACAAAGAUACCGUCCACUUGAUUGGAGGCACUUUUGGCUCCCACCACGAGCUUAUCAAUGAUCUGAAUGUCGACACUUGUAUUAAGUCAAUUAGGUCUUUGGCCAGGGAAACCUUUUGGCUCGAGCUAGUGAAGGACGAAAUCGCCUCCACCAUGGGCUUGUACAAGUAAACCCAUAUCUACAGCUAUCCUCUACCAUCUUUAUAGUCAUACACUCUAAUUAUACUGUUAUACGGUUAUACUUUAUACUGUUAAUACACCCAUACACCUCACCCUAAAUAGGAAAGAGCCGCACAACAAAAAUAAAAGUGAAAAAAAAAAAA